AAAAAGAAAAAGAAAGAAAGAAAGAAAAGAAAAAAAGAAAUGCCCUGGGUGAUUCUAUCACAGGGUUCCAAAGCAUGACACCACUUAAAGUACUUCGUGGGAAACAGUCAAUAAAAAAAGCCAGUGGCUUGAGUUUAUAGAGGCUGAAAAUCUCACCUGACUCAUGUUUUCCACACCUCUCUCCACAGUAAACAGGACCAGAGCAGGUGUUCAUUUCCUUUUGCACAGCCUUCAGCAAAAGCACCAAGCAAGGCCUCUUCAGUUCACUUGCCAAAAAGAACAACAGUAUGGUGUCUCCAGAAAGUGGUGUCUAAUUUAGCUCCUCCCAUCUUAAACCCCUCCAGCCUUAACUUAAGCGAGUUCUUAUUGUUCUGCUUUCCAUGAAUAUGGAAAAGUUCCUACUGAUUAUAAAGGGGGGAUGAGAUCAAGAUUUUCUCAUGAGAGCCUUUUCUGUACUUAAAGCCAGAAUCCAGUUAGGCCUCAUCUUUGCUUUGCCAGGCAACACCGCCUGGCUGCUUUCACCUCAUCCGCAAAACCUAUUUUCCGUCACUUGGAUCACAUUGGUUAUGCUUCUUUUCUUUCCCUGAGGUUUUCCCUCUUCCUGGCGGUGACCCAAAACUGUGCUCAGCCUGCAAAUAAGAGUCCAGCUAAAACAGUUUAAGGGGAGAAUGCUUCAGAAGUCUCGUUGAUUCAUUAAGCAACAGCCCUGUGCUAAGUAGAGGAACCAAGAGCUGAUGCAGAUUUCCACACUGGGGAUGAAGCAGAGGCAGGUAGCAAACUGAAGGACAUUGGCUGGGAAGAAGCCAGAGGAUAGCUCCCUGUGUCUGGAAGACACCAACUUUGGGAUUCCUAUGGGACUUCACGAGACUCACUGCUGAGUGGAAGAACUUUGUGGUUUCAAAAAACAACUCUCCCUCAACAAGUUCUGUUUGCAAGGAAAACCUUAACCAUUUGUCCUUUCUGGCGUACUGUCUUCCAUUGAGAUCCAUGCAGAAUAGACCAGAUAUGGGCAGCAGUGAGCCCCUUCCCAUUGUGGAUAGUGACAAGAGGAGGAAGAAGAAACGCAAGACCCGGGCCACUGACUCUCUUCCAGGAAAGUUUGAAGAUGUGUACAAGCUGACCUCUGAGUUGCUGGGAGAGGGAGCCUAUGCCAAAGUCCAGGGUGCUGUGAGCCUGCAGACUGGCAAAGAAUAUGCUGUCAAAAUCAUUGAAAAGCAAGCAGGGCACAGUCGGAGUCGAGUAUUCCGUGAAGUGGAGACACUAUAUCAGUGUCAAGGAAACAAGAACAUUUUGGAGCUGAUUGAAUUCUUUGAAGAUGACACACGGUUUUACUUGGUCUUUGAGAAAUUGCAAGGAGGCUCCAUCCUAGCACACAUCCAGAAGCGGAAGCACUUCAAUGAGCUGGAAGCCAGCAGAGUGGUGCGGGACGUUGCCACUGCCCUUGACUUCCUGCAUACUAAAGGCAUUGCUCACCGGGAUCUGAAGCCAGAAAAUAUACUGUGUGAAUCUCCAGAAAAGGUGUCUCCAGUGAAAAUCUGUGACUUUGACUUGGGCAGUGGGGUGAAACUGAACAACUCCUGCACACCCAUAACCACACCAGAGCUGACCACUCCAUGCGGCUCUGCAGAAUAUAUGGCACCUGAGGUGGUAGAGGUCUUUAGGGACGAGGCCACUUUCUAUGACAAGCGCUGUGACCUGUGGAGCCUGGGUGUGGUCCUCUACAUCAUGCUGAGUGGCUACCCCCCCUUUGUAGGUCACUGUGGGGCUGACUGUGGCUGGGACCGGGGAGAAGUAUGCAGGGUGUGCCAGAACAAGCUGUUUGAGAGCAUCCAAGAAGGCAAAUACGAGUUUCCCGACAAGGACUGGUCUCAUAUCUCCAACGAGGCCAAAGACCUCAUCUCUAAGCUCCUGGUUCGAGAUGCAAAGCAAAGACUCAGCGCUGCCCAAGUUCUGCAGCACCCGUGGGUACAAGGGCAAGCUCCAGAAAGGGGACUCCCCACGCCGCAAGUCCUCCAGAGAAACAGCAGCACCAUGGACCUGACACUCUUCGCAGCCGAGGCAAUUGCCCUUAACCGCCAGCUGUCUCAGCAUGAGGAGAACGAACUGGCUGAGGAACCUGAGGCCCUUGCUGAGGGCCUCUGCUCCAUGAAGCUGUCCCCUCCUUCCAAAUCUCGCCUGGCACGAAGGCGAGCCCUGGCCCAGGCUGGACGAAGCAGGGAUGCAAACCCAUGUUCAACAUCCAUGGGGCUCUGAACCACUGCAGGCACAUCUUGUAGGCCAGUCCGGGCGAUGCCCCCUGGAAACCUGUGAGGUCAAAGAAUGAAGCAAGCAGAGGGACCUACCUGCCCUGCAGCUCCAGGCGGGCCUUUUCCAUCCACAAAGGCUCCAUGGGUUCCCACCCAUCCCCCAUUUCCCUUGGGUCCUUAGAGGAAAAAGCUUUUUCCAAAGGGGUUGUCUUUGAAAAGGAAAGCAAUCACUUGUCACUUUGCAUAAUCGCCUGCAGCAUGAACAUCUCUUUGCUGGGCUCCAAGUGCUCGCUGUGUGCAGAUCCCGGAUCCAGCUGGCGGUGGGGGCUGCUGGGGCCGCAGCCUUCAGGGAGCAGCUUCCCGGAGCUGACAGAGGCUGCUGACACACAUGCCUCUUCUCUCCCUGCACUGUCACCUUCUGGCAAUUCUUCCACCUUCCUCUGUCCUACAGACGUCCUCGCUGACUGUCCUCUCCCUGGCUGAGCAAAGCCAUCCCCUCAAUUCAGGAAGGGCAGGAAGCCAGAUCAGUCUUCCAGUCUGUAGCACAGAGAAGCACAUAAUCUUUCUUUGCCGUGACCGAAAUGUAUUCCUCAUUUAUCAUCCUCUUCCAUGUUUGGGAUUGCUGAUAGACUCAGUAUUAUUUCUUUUUUAAAAUAUUUUUUAACCAUGUCUUCCAGCAAGCAUAGAACUUCAAACUCCCACUGCAAGUCCAUGGACUUCCCCAAGCAGGGUUUCCAUGUGCUUGGGUUUUAAUCCCCUCUUCUCCACAGUCCCAACUGAUUUUAAGCUGUUACUAUGACAUACACUUUAGAGAUGGUGUCUUCGUCUGCUGCUGCCUUCUCCCAGGUCUUUUAUGGAAACAGGCACAAACCCAGGGCAGUUAGACUGCUGUGCCUGACAUGAACCUAGGUCACAGGCGGCCCUGCUGCCUUGCUCUGAGGGAUGCAGUGCCCUCAGCUCCAGACAUGGUGGUGUAGCCAUUGUCAUAUAUACUGUGGAGUCGCAUAAAGAAAACAGAUUUGCAUAUGUGACACACACAUUAUUCAACCACAAUCACCAAAAUUCUCUCUUAAAUUGCGUUUGUUUUAAUAAAUAAUUUAAAAUUCCA